AAAUCACUGUGGGAGGCGACGCCAACCAGCACAUUGUUAAAUGCCCUUCUGCUGGCGGGUGCCUGCGUUUUUGCAAAGCGAGCCUGACUUGAGACUGGGCAGGAGGAGUGAAGCUAUGGAGCUUGGCCCAUGCUGCAGGGCAAGCAACAACGGCAGCCACCCUGAAGGCAUAAACCUAUUAGUACCACCGCCCAUCGCGGGGGUCUAGUGAAGAGAACAAGUGCCGUGCCAUGCUGGGGCCCCGAGAGAGGUCUGGGCCUCGGCAGGUGAUCCUCCAGGAAAACUCCCGCGACCCCGAUCGCCACCAGCGUUGGGCCAAUCUCUUCGAGCAGCUAGACACCAACAAGGAUGGGCGAGUGGACAUCAAUGAGCUCCGCGAGGGCCUGGCCCGAAUGGGCAUGGACGCCAGCUCCCACGCCGAGCAGGAUAUCCUACGUGAGGGCGAUACAGACAAUGAUGGACAGCUUAAUUUUGAGGAAUUUUCCCGCUACCUCCAGGAACGUGAACGCAAACUGCUGCUGAUGUUUCACAGCCUAGACCGCAACCAUGAUGGCCAGAUUGAUGUUUCUGAGAUCCAGCAAACCUUCCAUAGCUUGGGUGUUUACAUCUCCCUGCAGCAAGCAGAGAAAAUUUUGCACAGCAUAGACAAGGAUGGCACCAUGACCAUUGACUGGCAUGAAUGGCGGGACCACUUCAUCCUCAACCCACUCGAGAACAUGGAAGAGAUUGUACACUACUGGAAACACUCAACGGUCCUUGACAUUGGUGAGUGCCUCACUGUCCCAGAUGAGUUUUCCGAGAAAGAGAAGAAGACGGGGAUGUGGUGGAAGCAACUCAUUGCUGGAGCUAUGGCUGGUGCUGUCUCCAGGACCGGAACUGCGCCAUUGGACCGGCUGAAAGUUUUCAUGCAGGUCCAUGCCUCAAAGAGCAACAACAUGAAUGUAUUAGGAGGAUUGCAGGGCAUGAUAAGCGAGGGAGGCAUCCACUCACUAUGGCGAGGCAAUGGCAUCAAUGUCCUCAAGAUUGCACCUGAGUCUGCCAUCAAGUUCAUGGCCUACGAACAGAUCAAGCGGGUGAUUCGUGGGCAACAAGAGACGUUGAGAGUGCAGGAGAGAUUUAUUGCUGGCUCACUGGCUGGUGCCACAGCACAAACCAUAAUCUAUCCCAUGGAGGUUCUAAAGACACGGCUGACCCUCCGCAAAACAGGCCAGUACUCAGGAGUGGCUGACUGUGCCAGGCAGGUCCUGCAGAAUGAAGGAAUCCGUGCUUUUUACAAGGGCUACCUGCCAAAUGUGCUGGGCAUCAUCCCCUAUGCUGGCAUUGACUUAGCAGUUUAUGAGACCCUGAAGAACACCUGGCUGCAGAAAUACAGCAAGAACACAGCUGACCCAGGCGUUCUGGUGCUCUUGGGCUGUGGCACCAUCUCCAGCACUUGUGGCCAGAUUGCCAGCUACCCCUUAGCUCUGGUGCGGACCCGGAUGCAGGCCCAAGCAACCAUUGAAGGUGCUCCACAGCUAACCAUGCUGGGGCUCUUUCGGCACAUCCUUUCCCGAGAAGGGGUGUUGGGCCUCUAUCGUGGCAUCGCCCCCAACUUCAUGAAGGUUAUUCCUGCUGUCAGCAUCAGCUAUGUUGUGUAUGAGAACAUGAAGCAGGCUCUGGGGGUAACGUCCAGAUGAAGUGGAUGCCUCCCUCACCCAAAUGGCCAGGACCUACCUCUCAAGAAAGAUGGCUCUUCCUGACAGUGGGUUCCAAAGCAGUAGCAGGUGGGGCCAUGCCUCCUCUGCUCUAGGGUCCUGGGGAGGGGGCUGUGAGAAGAGGAAGAGUGCUAGAGUGGACUGGCCCAGGUUCUCCCCAUCCUCACCAAGAGCAGAGUCCUUCCCAGGCAAGGAGCACUGAGGAGGGCUGGCCCACUCGCGCACAGAGAUGUUUUCCCCACAGAGGCCUGGGGAUGGGAAGUGCCAUGGCCCUUUUGAGGUAGAUUUUCAUAGGGCUCCCACAUGGUGGAGUCUUUGGAGAUGGCCUCACCAAUCAGGCUUGCUUCUGAGUCAAAGCUCUUCCCCAGCAGCCUACCGCUCACUGCGUGUGUCUUCUUCCCCUCCAUCGUCCAAUAUGACAACCACAUCAUGUUUCCUGUUCUGCAUGUUUCUACCAGACACAUCAUGAUCCAGUGGGAAACCAACCCAAUCAGCAUUGAUUGCCAUUGAUGUGUUGCCAGAUCUGAAUGAGCAGCUGUCCGCUUAGCAUAGUGGGGAGACUCUGGAUCACUCCCCAUUUAAUCAGCAGUCUCCCAGCAUUGGAGACAACACAUUCAGGGACAAUCUAUCACACUGGAGACAUUAGAAAUUUCAGUAAUUACCUCCAGGAGUUUUUCAAGCCAGUUUGUUGAUACGCCAGCAGCAUAGGCAUCUGGGGGUUUGAGGAUGGGAGAAGACAGAUUCCUAACCCUCCCGCAAGAUUUCCACUUGCAAAAACUGAAUGUUUAUCCCUCUUCCAUACCUCCUUCUUUCAGAUCCUGUAGGGGUGCUGGAGCCCCUGAUGAUUGCAUUUUAGCCCAGCUCUACUUUACCUUUACCAAAUAUGGAAAGUGUCUGUAUAUUUUGCACAUUGACUGUUUUGAACUUAUAAGACUGGUCUGCGCUCUUUUCUCUACCUAGACAUCUGGAGAGGAACUGAAAUGUCUUCCCAUCCCACCCCACCCCCACCCUCCCUCCCUUCGAGCUGGUGGAGAAUGCAGAAAGAAAUUGCAAGGGCUAGUUUGUUCUCAUCAUCAAUGCACUUUGCCUGAGGAUCCUGGAUUUCUUGUGCAAACACAUUUCUGCUUGCUAGGAGAAGUUUGCAUUGAUCACACCAGCAUUGUUGCUUAAGAAAUGCCACACCCACACACCCCAUAGCGCUUGAAUCCAUGGUCCCUGCUUUCCAUGUCCCUGUUCUGUCUUGCUGUCCUCUAUUCAUUGGCAGGUUGUAAUAGAAAGGAGGUAGGAACUUAUAUUUUCCUUUUUUCUUCUGGGGGAUAUUGCUUUGAAAGCUGUAGAAGAGGCAGGUUAGUAGCUAAUCAAAUUGCCCAGACAGACCUUCCUCCCCAUCCACCAUCCAAUACUUUUUUUUUUAAAGGCUCCAAUAGGUUACAUGGAACACUAUCUUCAGAUGUGGGCAGUGCUGGGUUAGUAGGGUUGCCAGCCUCUGCUAAACUGAUCUAUGGAGUGCAAGUAGAGUUGCCCUAAAAACAAUAACAAAGAUUCUAUGCCAAGAAAAGCAAUCUUUGUUGUUUUGCAUAAUUUACUCUGCUUCUGCUAAUCAUGGGCAAGGAGAUAUGACAGGCACUGAAUUCGUCGUCCCCCCCCCCCCCGUUUUACUCAGGAACUUGUCUGGCAUCUGAGAUUUACCCCCAGGCAUUUCAUUGCUCUUACGCCUUGCAACCAUAAGGGCUACAGACAUGUUGUGCGGGAGGGGGGGUGUAGGGGAGAUGAAGCCAAAUGUUAUGUUCAGGACACACCCUGGACUUUCGUAACCAUUACUAGAAGACACCAACAAUUGAAGUUGACCUCCUGCAUUCUCCCACGGUUUUGAUACCUGGGACACAGCAGUGUGGGUUUUUGGGAGGGGAGUCUGGGUUAAAAUUGGAAGGCAUAAUUUACUGUUACAUCUAUAUUUUUCAUGAUUGGCUUCCAAAAAAGUAGGAAGUCAGUGGUGGGACAGAGCUGUUGGGCCAUUGACCUCCCCACACUGGUACUACUGCUGCUAACCUAGAUGGGGCUGAGGUGGAGCAGCAGUGAAGUCAGGGUGGUGUGGGCACCCUGGCAGGGGUACCAGUUCGGUCCUGUCGGUGCACCUACAUGGGCCCAAGCUUACACCCAUCCAAAUAAGUAGUAGCGAUGCAAAUAUCAGGAGGAUAGCUCUGCCCCACCACACCUGCUGCUACUGAAAGGCAUCCUCCUCAGCAAGUGCAGGAUAGCCCAGUCCUCCCCUCCCCUUUGCCUUGUCAAUUUAGGCUCAAAGGUGGGGUGGUGAUUUCUGGAUUACGGUAAAUCCACUGUGAUUCAUCCAGUCCUGUCAGCUGUAGUGUUGUGCUGUGUCUGGGAAUUCAUCUCUCUCUUGGGUUGAUAUCUUUGGCCAUAUCGUUUUCUUUUUUUCUUUGGAGAAUUUUUAUUUGCAAAUUUAAUAAAAAGAAAGAGCAAUAUAUAUAGAUAAACAUUACCAGCUGACAUUAACAAUAGGAAUAUUCCACCAGAUCUAAUUUAAACAUACAGAUUAAUAUAAGCAGCCUACAGUAUAUGUCUAAAUAGGUUUCUAAACAAGAUUAACAAUUAUAAGCAUGCCUCUGAACACAAAAAGGGCACCAUACAUUUAAAGCACAUGGCUUCCCCCAAAGAAUCCUGGGAACUGUAGUUUGUUACGGGUGGUGGGAAUUUGUAGCUCUGUGAGGGGUAAGCUACAAUUCCCAGUCCUUGGGGAAGCCAUGUGCUUUAGAUGUAUGGUGUGGAUGUGACUUCUUGGGAAGGGAUCAAUGCUGCACAAGACCUUCACAUUUCAAGUGGCAACAAACUACAGAGUCAUUCAUGAUGUAUCCGCAGUGGUGGCUUUCUACUUGGGCCCCUCUUGUGGAACACAGGUUAGGAAUUGGAGCCCUAAGGACUCAUCCAGACAGCAUCUUUCCUACAUGACUAAAGCAGUAGCAUAUUGGUGGGGAAGCCUCACACAAAAAGGAUGCCAAAGAGGGAGGAGAGGUUUUGUGCAGUAGUCAAUCCACAGUGCAACUUGUAUGAGUCUCCAGCGGCUGACUACGCUAGCAGUAAUUAGCAUGAGGACAUGGCAUUUCCCUGUAAGGGAAACCUAUCUCAACUCAUGCAACAGAGAGGGUGAACCUAUUCCAAGUUCAACAAGGCUUUUGGCCCUUUUAAGAGCUUCGAGAAAGACAUUAGUUCUUCAGGUGUAGGUUCUCAGACUGAAGUUACAGAAAAAUGGGUACUGAAUAUCACCUCUCUUUUAGAACUUUUAACAGGAGAGAAUCCCUGUGUUUUCAUUACCAAAAGAAAUGGAGAGAGAUUAUGAGUGUGUAUACCUGCCUGUAUUCCUAUCAGGCUGCAUUCCUAGAGGGAGGGGAUGAUACAAAAAUCCAGAGGAGAAAGAAAGGUGGGGAACCCAUUGGAUAACAACUGACAUGAUGCUAUUUGGAAGAGGACUCAACCCUCUCUGGGCUAAUUUUGGCAGAGAAAUGUUUUAAGAUUGUUUUCAGUGAAAGCUUGUUUUUGAUUUAAGCUAAUGGCACUUGGUUUUAGUAGCAAAGGGAGAGAACAGAAGUCAAAAAACAGACAAGAGAUUGACCAUACAGGGUUGAAGCAAAGAUAAAAGUAUUCAUUGAGCCUGGCUGGCAGUUCUUUCCUGGGGUAAUUGUUCCAAUGGGGAGGAGAGGCAGGAUUGUCAAGCUUCCCUCUGUGUCUUGCAGCUUUGUCACCACAUUGGGAGAAAAGGCAGUGGCAGUUUCUGCUACCCAUUCCUGUCUUUUGUCCCUUCCUCUGUUGGCUAUAACACGGCAGGACCCCUAGGUGUGCUGUGCAGAAGAUGGGGGAAGGAGGGAUAAAUAAAAGGGCUGGAGAAAAAAACAGGUGGGAUAAACUGUCACUGCGGCUGCCUCAUCUCCCAGUCCAGCUGCACACUGGAAAGGUGUGAGGGGAAUCUUUAGGAUGCUGUCUGGCAAUCCGAAGGAGAGGGUUAAUUUGUAUGUGACAUAAAACAUGGUGUGGACAUAAGAAAAAGUUUGGAGAAUUGGGCUGUGGAGGCAAAGAGCUGGACCAGAUCCUCUCCUGCGAGUGAUUCUGCACAAUAGUUGUGGAACCAAUUAUUUAUUUAUUUUAUUUAUUAUUACACUUAUAUCCCACCCUUCCUCCAAGGAGCCAAAGGGGGUAUACAAACAUGGUUCUCCUCCCACAACCGAUUUUAUCCUUACAACAACCCUGUAAGGUAGGUUAGGCUGAGAGGCAGCGACUGGCUCAAGGUCACCCAGUGAGCUUCAUGGCUAAGCAAGGAUUUGAACUCUGGUCUUCCAGGUCCUAGUCUGACACUCAAACCACUACACCACAUUGGCUCUGGUCCCAAGUUAACUGAGCAGUGAAAAGACAUUUGGACUGUAAAAAUCAGAUGAUCUCUGACCUAAAAUGUUCUAAGAAGCUAGGUACUUUCUGUCACUUGCUUCCAGAACAAGCGAGGGCUCUGGUGUUUAGCAGAGUAUUCAGUUUUUAAGGGCUGCACAAAGGGGAAAAUUCUACCAACAGCUUUUGCAUUCAUCUUGCACUCCUUUUUCUUUAUAAAUCCUGCCUGAAUCUGACUCCAGCAAGGCUAUUUCUGUACAUCUGUUGCUGCUUCAUUUUGUGUUGAUAUUUCAGAGGGGGAAAAACACAA